AAAGUUGAAACUUGAAAGUUGUGUGAGAACGAAAUUUGAUUUCUAAAUGAGAGAAAUUGAAGAAAAUGAGCUUCGAGUUGAAAAUUUUUAUAAUCAUCCAUUUUGUAAUUUAAAUAGGACGACAAUUCAACUGGCUCAACCCUUGUCUGAUUUAUGCUAGUGAUGGCCUUAUAAUAAGAUCGAAGUAGUUCAAUCAGUUCUGUUGCAGUAUUGAAACAUGGAUGUAGACGAAGCCAACGAUUCAUCUUUAUCGCCAUCUUACAGCACGGUUAUUGAGUGGCUGAAUAAUGCAUCAUUAGCUACCGAUCAUGAAAAAGUGGAUUAUUUGCGGAAAAUUUCAGAAAUUGUCAUCAACAAAGAACCCGAGCUUUUGAAAGAAUUUUUAGACCACAUUCUAGCUUUUCAAUCAGAUCGUAGUGUUGAAGUUAGAAAAUUGAUAGUCACAUUCAUAGAAUCGAUAGGGAAAAAACAUCAUCAGUACUUGCCCAAGGUGUUACCGAGUCUUCUGAUGUUGUUGAGUGAUCCCAAUUUACAAAUUCAGAAAAAAGUUAUUCAAACUAGUAGUACUUUGUACAAGGAAGUGAUCUUAUGCCUUGCGAAAUCUGAUGUCAAUGCGGAUGAAAAUGCUCUUGUGGAUGUAUGGAACACUGCCAAUUCACUGAAAACCAGUAUCAUUAAUUUAGUGGAUAAUGACCAUGAAGGAAUUUUGAAUCAAACGGUGAAGUUCAUGCAAACUGUAAUUAUACUGCAGACUAGUAGAGAUACUGAAGAUAAACAGAACGAUAAUAUAUCUAUUUUUGAUGUACCAUUGACUAUGAAAUUUACAAAACGAAGAAAACUAGAAGAAGAAGCGAUGGUUGUAUUCGAUUUAUUAGUGAAAUUUCAUGAUUCAAAACAUAUCAGCAGUACUAGUUUGAUGACGUGCAUGGCUGUCCUCACGACAAUUGCAUUAGCGAGAUCGCAGUUUCUCGGAAAAGUCAUCGCCGCGUUAGAAACAGUUCAUACUCAUCUACCGCCAGAUCUAUCUGAAAGUCAAGUGAAUGCUGUAAGAAAACAUUUAAAAUGUCAGUUAUUGUUGUUAUUGAAACACCCAUCUUGUAUCACCUAUCAGCAGAACAUAAUGACUCUAUUGACUGAUCUUGGAGCAACACAUUCUGAAGUCAUGAAAACUUUACCGAAAGAUGAUGACAGAAAAAGGAAAUAUAAAAAGCCCCCCGAAAGUGCACAAGUAGCGAAAAAAUUACGAUCGGAAGAACCACCAGUUCCAGUAACGGGGUUAGAUUUAACGGAAAUUUGGGUGAAUGAACGUUUACUACCUACGGUAGCCACUCAAAUCAUCAUGGAUACCUUGCCCAAUUUGCCUGGUAAAAUGCCGCCAUUAUUUAGUUCAGCUUAUACACCAAUUGCUGCGGCAGGUACUCCGGCACAAGUUAAACACGUAUCACGUUUACUAGCCACUCAAUUGCAUGCGGCCGGAUUAGGACCUGGUUCAUCUCAAGCACCUCCUGUUAAAACAAUUGAAGCUAUUGACGACGCUGAAAGUGAUUCAGAAGAGCCGAAACCUAAACCAGCCUUACCUCCUCCUGUUUUGAAACCCAUUUUGAAAAAUCCCCGAACUCUAAAAUUGACUGAAAUUACCAAACCUUUGGAAGAAGAAGAUAGAGAAAAAUUGGCUGUGGAUGCUGUGAAAAGAAUUUUAGAUUCUGAGAAGGAUGCAGUGAAUGGAGGCGCUUUGAGAGCUAGAAUGAAGAUUAUCACUUCUAUUGCCACCACUUUUGGCUUGAAAGUCAGAGAAGCAAUUUUGGAGUAUAUUUUAGGAGACCUGAGACAAAAAUUAGGUUUAGCUAUGGCGUGGUUAUACGAAGAAUACAGCAUUUUACAGGGAUUCUAUAAAUUACCUGAAAUAUUACAACAUAAUCAGAAACCGGACCAUAAUUAUAAUACGCUUCUAUGUUCAUUAGCUUUGACAGUUGUAAAGAGAUACGAAUUUAAAGACAGAGAUGCUUUGUUCGCUCGAAUUUAUUUGGAAGCUCCUUUAAUCACUGAUAACGCUCUUGAUAUCUUGAAAGAAAUGAGUACUCGUGAAGUUAGCACUAUUCAGUUGCUUCAACAACUGGUACUGAAAAGACCAGCUAAACAGUUAUUAUUUUUGAAUAUAUUGUUAGAACAAACGUCCAGUCAUGUUACAGAGGUUCACAAAUGCGCUAUCAAAUUAAUUAUCGAAUUGUAUUCUCGAACGGAGCUUCGUAAUAUUAUCGAAGAAUACGCGACAUUUUAUUUAGGAUUUUUGCGGUUGCCUCAGCCUCCUGAUGUAUUGUUUGGUCUUGACAAAGGAGCUCCAAUGCCUUCAGAGAAAUGGACCGAAAAUGUAACCAAAUGUUGUUUACGAUUGUAUUUAUCUUUGUUGCCUCAUAAUGAAGAAUUGAUUCACGAAUUGGCUAAUGUGUACGCAUCAACUGAUUCGGACAUAAAACGUAUAAUAUUACGAUUAAUCGAAGCUCCCGUUCAAAAAAUGGGUAUGUCUUCACCUCAGUUAUUGAAACUUGUGGACGAAUUUCCCAAAGGAGCAGAAACUUUGGUUACUCGCGUUCUACAUAUUGUUACUGAUAGAACUCCUCCUAGCGAAGAACUUGUAAACAGGGUCAAAGAAUUGUACCAGUCGAGAGUUUCUGAUGUUCGUUUCUUAAUUCCAGUUCUGAGUGGUCUUUCGAAAAAUGAAAUCUUUAAUGCUCUACCUCAUCUAAUUAAACUGAAUCCGAACGUUGUGAAAGAAGUUUUCAACAGAUUAUUGGGAAGUUCUAAUGAAAAUUGUAAUGCACCUGUAACGCCAUCGGAGUUGUUAUUAGCGUUGCAUAAAAUAGAUACGACGACAUGUGAAUUGAAAUUUGUGAUAAAAGCUACUUCAAUUUGUUUUGCGGAUAAAUCCAAUUUUACUCAAGAAGUAUUAGCCGUUGUUAUUCAAAAUUUGAUGGAUAUUUCUCCUUUGCCUACGCUUCUUAUGCGAACUGUUAUCCAAGCGAUCUCGUUCUACCCUCGUUUGAUCGGUUUCGGAAUGAAUAUUUUACAGCGUCUAAUUCUCAAACAGGUCUGGAAGCAUAAAAAGGUCUGGGAAGGUUUUAUAAAAUGUUGCGAACGUACCAAACCCAACAGUUUUCAAGUGUUGCUACAACUGCCUCCGGAACAAUUACGCGAUGUUUUUCAAGAAUCGCCUGGUUUGAAACCAGCACUUCUGGACCAUGUUUUGAGUUAUACUGAAAAUCAGAGGUCGCAUAUUCCUCAAGACAUUAUGGAUGUUUUGUAUGGUACGAAGCAUCCCCUUUAUACCGAAUUCAGUGUCAAGAAUGAACCUAUGUCACCGCCGGAACUUACUAUUGACAUUAAAGAAGAACCUCAAGAAGAAGCUAUUUCCGCAUGAUGAAAAUUAUCAUGAAAAUAAGAAAUUCAUAUCGAACAAUCUUUACUCGAUAGUCCCGAUCCCGACAAUUGGAAUACCUACAUCUAAUUGCUAAUUUAUUUCGAUACUCUUUUUAAUUCGUGCCCUUUUUGCAUGUAAAACUGCUCUAAUUAUUCGUAUACAAAAUUUUACGUUUAUUCAUUGAUGAAUAAUUGUUCCUCUGAUGAUGAGUUUCUGUGUUGAUAUAUAAAUGUACGCGUAUGUUAUACUAGUCUGUAUAGUACGUUGUAUGUGCUUGAAUUUUUAACGGACGAUUUAAAUUGAGAUAUUCUGUGAUGCACGAAUUAUGUACAUUUAAAUUUUAUUUCAGAAUUGUGCGAAAUAUUCAAAUAAUAAUUUAUCUCUAAAAAUUUUAUUUAAAUACCUAAUGUAUGUUUAUUUAAUUUGAAAAACAGACGAAGGAAAAGGUAGUUCAAUUUUCGAAUGUUUUGUUUAUUUUGAUUUUUUGUUUGAAUAAGUUGAAUUGUUUUCGAACAGACGGAUAAUCUGUAAAUACAUUUUUUAAUCUCACGA